AUGACUACAAUCAGGAUUUUAAUCAGUCUGGCUAUCAAGAAAGGUUGGGACAUGUACCAACUAGAUGUGAAUAAUGCCUUCCUUCAUGGAGAUCUCCAUGAAGAAGUGUAUAUGGACAUACCUCCUGGACUCAUGGUGACUGAUACAAGAAUGAUUUGUAAGCUCAAGAAGUCCUUAUAUGGACUGAAGCAAGCAAGUAGACAAUGGUAUGACAAGUUAGCACAAUUUUUAUACUCAAGAGGCUACUCUCAUUCUACCAACGAUUACUCAUUGUUCUAUAGAAAAAUUGGAAGUUCUUUAGUCUUUGUUGCUGUAUGUGUGGAUGAUGUCAUUAUAACUGGUACUGAUAUUAUAGAGAUUACUUCUUUGAAGAAUUCUCUCCAUAAUGAGUUCAAGAUUAAGGAUUUGGGGAGACUACAAUACUUCCUAGGUUUGGAAAUUUUGUACAAAGAUUCAGGGGUCAUAAUCUCUCAAAGAAAGUUUACUAUUGACCUACUGCAUGAGUUUGAUUGUUCAGAUUGCAAGUCUGUGUCAUCACCUCUUGAGUCCACAGUUAAACUUAAGGCAGGUGAAGGUAUAUUACUUACAGAUCCCACAUACUAUAGGAAAUUAGUAGGUAAGCUGAAUUUUUUGACCAACACAAGGAUGGACAUAGCUUUCAGUGUCCAGUAUCUCAGUCAAUUCCUCCAAAAUCCCAGAGAACCACAUCUCAAGGUUGCUUAUCAUGUUCUGAGAUACCUCAAGAAUGACCCUUGUUUAGGGAUACAUUUGUCAAAUAAUGCAGAUUGCUCAAUCACUACAUAUUGUGACUCAGACUGGGCAGCCUGCCCUGAUACAAGAAAGUCAGUGAGUGGUUAUGUUGUGCUCAUGGGGGACAGUCCUGUGAGCUGGAAGUCUAAGAAGCAAACGACCAUAUCUUUAUCCUCAGCCAAAGCAGAGUAUAGAGCUAUUAGGAAGGCUGUUGGAGAAUUGGUGUGGCUAGAAAGAUUACUGAUUGAGCUGAAUUUACCAUGUAAACUGCCCAUAUCUGUGUUUUGUGAUAGCCAGACAGCUAUUCACAUAUCAAAGAACCCUGUGUUUCAUGAGAGAACAAAGCAUAUAGAGGUGGACUGUCAUUUUGUUAGAGAAAAAAAAUACAAGAAUGACUCAUCACACUCCAUCACAUCUCAACAAAUAAUCAGCUAG